CCAUCGCCUUCUUUUUCUUCAACUUUAGUCCCCUUCACUAUCCAACCAACUUUCCAACCCCGAACCCAUCCUUUUCUCCCCUUCGUUGUCUUUUUCCGAUCCUCUGGCCAGAGAGCCUAUCUAUGGAGCCCCUCCUCUGCCUCAACAGUCAUCUCGGUUUAACCCCUACAACACCAUCAUCUUCCCAUACCUUAAGCCCUAAAUCUUUUGACCCAUGGGUAAACCUUAGCCCCACUUUUGAACUGCCUUUGUCCUGCUCACCUGUUUCUCUCCUUCCAUCAUCUCCCGCCUCGUCCCCCCGCCCCUGGGCAUCUUGUAAAUGAGGACGAUCUUCCGUCAGACAUCAUGGAGUAGAGAAUUUAGGGAAGCUCAUUAUAAAAGCUUGUAUGCCCUUGAUUGAAAGAGUUACUAGACGAAUUAGUGGCUGGAAGUCAAAGUCCUUGUCUUAUGCUGGUGAUGGGGCUAGGAAAAAGGCAGUGGUGGCCUGGUCUAGAAUCACUUAUCCAAAAACAGAGGGUGGUCUGGGACUCAGAGACAUGGAUUCAUGGAACUUUGCUUGUGUUAUGAGACACAUUUGGGCUAUCCUACUUAAACAAGGAUCUCUCUGGGUUGCUUGGAUUUGGGGAUAUAGAAUCAAGAGGAUGGAUUUCUGAGCUGUAACUGCUAAGGCAAGUUCCUGGCUAUGGCUAAAGUUGUUAAAGUGUAGAGACAAGCUGAGACCCUGGAUCUCUGUGGAUGCUGAAGGUGUUUAUUGGAAAGGAGUUCAAAUGGAGAAAUUCAGCAUAAAAGAAAGUGUGGGAGGAAGUCGGACCAAAGAGAGGUCCUGUUUCUUGGAGCUCUCUAGUUUGGAAAGGAACAUGUAUUCGCAGAAAUCAGUUCCUAGUUUGGCUUGUUGUGAAUGAUUAUAUAGAAAUCAUGUAUUCCCUGUUUCUUGGUGGUCAGGGUUGCGCCUUCUAUUCUUGCUCCAUGGAGACGAGGUCUCAUGUUUUUGCUGAGUGUCGAGUGUACAGACAACUGCUGAUCAAUGGCUUGAAGAACUUCAAUGGGCAUCCUUGAACUUCAAUAAGAAAACUACUAUCUCUCAGGUUGGGGGUGGGUGGGGGGGGGGGGAGUGAUUUGGCAUGCCUUGAUUGCUACCAUUUGGCGAGAAAGAUGUAAUUUGGGGGACAAGUGUUGGAUAUGAAUGAACGGAUCCUAUUGGUUAAAUGCGAGCUCAGACUGUUUCUUGAUCCAGUGCUAGUUGCGAAGUUUUCUAAUUUACAAGGGUUUAUAGUUGAUACCUUCUGUUUUUUGUUAGUUGAGAUAGAGCAGUAGUUUGUUCUCCUUGUCUAUAGGUCUGAAAUGCUCAGUUGGCAG